CUUCUCUUCCUCCUCCUCCUCCUCUCUGUCAGCUCAUCUCAGUUAGUUUAGCAGGCCAGUACGGAGAGACGAAGGCUGCUCGGUCUGCUGCUCGCUACACCGACACCACACACUCCCUGCCAUGGCUGCCACGGACGUUGAUGUGUUUUCGAAUGAAGAGAAACGUAACCUCAGUUUGGGCGGCCAUGUUGGGUUCGACAGCCUGCCCGACCAGCUGGUCAGUAAAUCGGUCACACAGGGGUUUUGUUUCAACAUUCUGUGUGUAGGUGAGACUGGCAUCGGGAAGUCGACUCUAAUGAACACCCUGUUCAACACCAUGUUUGAGAACGAAGAGGCCAGCCAUUACCAGAAUGGCGUGUACCUGCGGCCGCGAACGUACGACCUGCAGGAAAGCAACGUCCACCUCAAACUCACCAUCGUUGACACCGUGGGCUUCGGGGACCAGAUCAACAAAGAGGACAGUUACAAGCCCAUUGUUGACUACAUUGACACUCAGUUUGAAAACUAUCUCCAGGAGGAGCUGAAGAUCAAGCGCUCGCUGUUUAACUACCACGACACCAGGAUCCACAUCUGCCUUUAUUUCAUUGCCCCGACAGGACACUCCCUGAAGUCUCUGGACCUGGUUACCAUGAAGAAGCUGGACAGCAAGGUCAACAUCAUUCCCAUCAUUGCCAAAGCGGACACAAUCUCCAAGAGCGAGCUCCAUAAAUUCAAGAUCAAGAUCAUGAGCGAGCUGGUGAGCAACGGUGUCCAGAUAUAUCAGUUCCCCACGGAUGAUGAAGCUGUCAGUGAGAUCAACUCCUCCAUGAACGCCCAUCUGCCGUUUGCUGUGGUUGGAAGCGUGGAAGAGGUUAAAGUGGGAAACAAAACGGUCCGGGCCAGACAGUACCCCUGGGGGGUCGUGCAAGUUGAGAACGAGAGUCACUGUGACUUCGUGAAGCUCCGAGAGAUGCUGAUCCGAGUGAACAUGGAGGAUCUGAGGGAGCAGACUCACGCCCGCCACUACGAGCUGUACCGGCGCUGUAAGCUGGAGGAGAUGGGCUUCAAGGACACGGACCCCGACAGCCAGCCCUUCAGUCUCCAGGAGACGUACGAGGCCAAGAGGAAGGAGUUCUUAGGAGACCUGCAGCGCAAAGAGGAAGAAAUGCGACAAAUGUUUGUUAACAAAGUAAAAGAAACUGAAGCAGAGCUCAAAGAAAAGGAGCGAGAGCUGCACGACAAGUUUGAGCAGCUGAAGCGGAUGCACCAGGAGGAGAAGAGGAAGGUGGAGGAGAAGCGGAGAGACCUGGAGGAGGAGAUGAACGCCUUCAACAGGAAGAAAGUGGCCGCCGAGACGCUGUCCUUAUCUCAGCCCCUCAAGAAAGACAAGGACAAGAAAAAUUAAUUUAUGGCCGCUGUUCACCCAUCCACACACGACCAUGGAUUUGUCCUUCAUCACCAUAGCAACGACAUCUGGUUAUUUGUCUUUGGUUUUUAUUUAGUUUGAUUUUAUUUGUAUUUUUUUGACAUUCCAUCUUGACAUUGUGCACAUGGACCAAAGACACUGAGGAGGAUGAUGAUGAAGCCGCAGCAGAGAGGGAGUGAAAGAUGGUGAGAGAUAAAGAUGAGAAGCAUUCACUUUCCGUCAGUGGCCGUCUCACUAAUUCAGGAUAUUUCUAUGUUGUUUUGGAAACUUUUAUAUAUAUAUUUUCAUUUUUUUUUUUUUUCUAUGCUGUGAUUUAAGUGUUUUCAGACUUUUUUUUUGUUUUUCUCUGUCUGCGAACGUUUCACCUUUAACUAUCCACACAGACGUGAGGCGGGGAAGUACUCUGACCAUUUUUACUUCUUGGUACUGCAGUUUAACACAGCUGGGCAAUAUAUGUAUUUAAGAAAUAUACGGUGUGCCCUAUUUUAUAGGACUGGCAUUACAAAUUAAAAUGUUAGUUUUGUUUUUGAACCAUUUAAAAAGAAAUGUUCAGGUAUCUUUUUGUGUAUUCAUGACAGUUAAGCUUAGUAGGAUCAGUCCUGUAUAGAAUGACCCAAAUAAUGCUUUUUAAUAGCAGUUUGUCAAGCAAUAACUGAGUACCUGUAGACUGCAUCAUUCUGCAUUUGUGAAGGUACUGACAACCUGAAACAUAGUCUUAAGUUUUACAGAUCUAUGCAAUAUUCUGGUGCUGUAACGCGAUAAAUGUAUGUGAAUAUUUUCUAGAGCUUACGGAGGUUAAUAUGCAAAAUGUACUAGUUUAUUCGUCUAAUAUUAUUGUAAGAAGCCCAUACGAUGGUGUACAAUGUCCUUGAGUGGUUUACCGUUAUUGUAAACUAUGACUGAUCACCUUGAUGUAUUUUAACGGUGGAGUCUCGGACAUGAAGCCGCUAAACUCGAAGCCUCGGCUCGACCGUGGAAGAGUUUACACUCGGACUCGGAGUGGAGAGCAGUUGAAUUUUCUGUCUGUUGGAAAUAAAUGCAACCCCCUUCCCCCCCCUGA